UUAAAUUGCUCUUUCUUCUGUUCACAGUGCGUAAGCAAGAGAUCAUUAAGAUAACAGAGCAGCUGAUAGAAGCCAUCAACAAUGGAGACUUUGAGGCUUAUACAAAAAUCUGUGAUCCUGGCUUGACCUCCUUUGAACCUGAAGCACUGGGGAACUUGGUUGAAGGAAUGGAUUUCCAUAAGUUUUACUUCGAGAACUUACUGUCGAAGAACAGCAAGCCAAUACACACCACCAUCCUGAACCCCCACGUCCAUGUCAUUGGUGAAGAUGCUGCCUGCAUCGCGUACAUCCGCCUGACACAGUACAUCGAUGGCCAAGGCCGGCCCCGCACCACGCAGUCUGAAGAGACCCGUGUCUGGCACCGCCGAGAUGGCAAGUGGCUGAAUGUCCACUACCACUGCUCUGGAGCUCCUGCAGCACCUCUCCAGUGAGGAUCAAAUACAGUAACUUGUGGAGAUACUCAGCUGGAGGGCAAUAUCUUCUUAGCAAGCAGCUCUGGAGUGCCUGAGUGACAGCAACGGUCAUGUCUGUUUUGACGUAAAAAAAAAAAAAAUACAAAUUACAAACAGGCAGCAGCCAAAUGCACGAAACCCUGCAUGCAUCUGAUGCUCCGGGCGCUGCCUUUCUGUUGUUUUCCAUGGAUCCAUCGUGUCUGUUUCUGCUGUACGAAGGUGUUUUUAAAUCUAAAAAAAAAAAAAAAAAAAAAAAAAAAAAAAAAAGACAUGUUGUUUAUAUAAAAUAAUAAAAACCAGGAAUAAUGCUAAAUAAAUGACAGAUUAUCCAACAUGCCCCUUCCCCCAGGGCUAAGAAAACGGCAGCAGCUGGAACAUCUUUCAGAAAUGAAGUGAGGGGGAAAGCAAAAGUGAAGGAGAGAGAAAGAGAGAGGGAGAGCAAAAAAGGAGGCGGCUUGAGCA